AUGUUGAGCUUAGAACAUCUCAAUCUAUCUCACAACAACCUUUCUGGUAAUAUCCCCAAGUCCUUGGAGGCACUUGAGUAUCUCACAUACUUGGACGUUUCUUUCAAUGAUUUAAGUGGUGAAGUUCCUUCUGGUGGUCCUUUCAAAAACUUUUCAAGUAAAUCCUUCAUGUCUAAUGAGGGAUUAUGUGGUGAUCUUAUAUAUGGUCUUCCAUCAUGUCCUACUGGUAGACAAAAUAGAAGAAAAGCAAUGCUUGCAGUUGUAUUUUCUUUGUUGGGGAUUACAGUACUAAUUUUGAUCGUCACAGCCUUGGCAUGUGUAAUUGGAAGAUACCGAAGGAAAAAUUUGGUGGAAAAUAGAGUAGACUUUGCAUCUGGCACAACUCUAAGGGUCUCGUAUUAUGAACUUUUGCAAGCAACUGAAGGGUAUAGUGAGAGCCAUUUGCUUGGAACUGGGAGUUUAGGCUCUGUCUAUAGAGGGACUCUCAAUAAUGGAAAGGAUGUCGCAGUGAAGGUUUUCAAUUUGCAACAACAAAAUGCAUUCAAGAGUUUUGAUGUAGAAUGUGAAGUAUUACGCAAACUUCGCCAUAGGAAUUUGUGCAAAGUCAUUAGUACUUGUUCCAAUCCAGAUUUCAAGGCCUUGGUGCUUGAGUACAUGUCCAAUGGAAGCCUUGAGAAGUGGUUGUAUUCAGACGAACACGUGUUGGAUAUUUUGCAGAGAAUUAACAUAAUGAUAGACGUAGCAUAUGCAUUGGAAUAUCUGCACUAUGGCUACUCAACGCCUAUUGUUCACUGUGAUUUGAAGCCAAGUAAUGUUCUGCUGGAUGAAGAUAUGGUUGCUCACUUGAGCGAUUUUGGAAUUGCUAAGUUAUUGGGUGAAGGAGAAAGCAAUGCAUACACUACAACCUUGGGAACAUUGGGUUACAUUGCACCAGGUAAAGCUCCCAUCUUUUACUCUUAUCUUUUCUCUUGCAUUUGGUCCACUAGAUUAGGCCGGAUAUGGGUAGUUCAAAUGGUUAAUAUUCAUAUUCAUUGUUAG